CCUGAAUGCGGUACAGAGAUAGACCCAACUGUAAAUAUUGAAAAUGUCAAUGAUAAAAAUGGCAUUAAUGAGGAUAGAAAUUUCCCUCCUGUUGUUUCAGAAUUUAGUUUAACUAAGAAAUAUUUUAAAUUGUUGGAACAUGGUCAUAGAAGGUUUGCUCUAACUGGAGUUCCUUCAAUUUCAUCGGUGCAUGAAGUUAAUGGUAUAACUUCUGAAUAUUUCAUACCGCAAGAUCUUUUCAUACCAGGCUAUUUUCAUAAGUUCUUUAGAACACUUUCACUAUUGGGUACAGGUGCAAGAGGUUCUGUAUUUAAGGUAGUUCACAAAAUGGGUGAUAUAGAGUUGGGUGUAUUUGCAUUGAAGAAGAUUCCAAUUGGUAAUGAUAUGCCUUGGUUUGAAAAAUGUAUAAGGGAAGUUAAAGCUUUGAGUUCUCUGACUCAUGAAAGUAUUAAUUUGAUUACUUAUAAUCAUGUUUGGUUAGAGAUGGAUUCAUCGUGUGGAUUGGUUAGAGGUGUCAAUGGCAGUACCGAUAAGGUGCUGGAAAAUAUCCCCUGUAUAUUCAUAUUACAACAGUACUGUAGUGGUGGAAACCUUGAGGAUGUCAUUCUUAGAAAUGUAUUCAAAAAGUUUCCUGAAUUGGACUCGAUUGAGGAACGUAAGAGAUCUUUCAAGAGGAAGAGGGCAAAAAAGGACAAUGAACCUUUGGGUUUAAGUACAAAUCAAAUAACAUCUAUUGUAAGAAAUAUCGGAAAUGGGUUAAAAGAGUUGCACGAUAUAGGAUUGAUUCACAGAGACUUAAAGCCUUCUAAUUGUUUAUUGUUACAUCCAUAUAAUCUUGAACAGACAUCUACCAAAUCUGAUGAUAUAAUAAGUGAUGGAUUUCCAACAGUGGUUAUUGGAGAUUUAGGUGAAAGUCAAGUUAGUGGUGAAUAUAGAACAGCAACUGGGGCAACUGGUACUUUAGAGUUCACUGCACCUGAAGUUGUUAUACCAGGUGAGCUUAAUGAAUUUAUUUCAAAAUCUACUCAAUAUAACGAGUACACAUUUGCAUCGGAUAUAUAUUCGCUUGGUAUGAUAAUGUACUUUAUUAUAUUUGGUAGUUUACCAUUUGAGUCCGAACUUGAAAUCGUUGAAUUAAAGAACAAGAUUAAAAAGAUGCAAUUCAACGUGGAUAUAUUGGUUGAAAAACAUCAGUCGAUGAAUCUAAAACCAAUUGAUAAGAGAUUAUUUGGUUUAUUAAUCAAAUUAUUGUCAUUUGACCCAGCAGAUAGACCUGUAGCUGCAGAGGUUGAUGAAUUAUUAAACGAGAUAGGUAACCCAAAAUACCAAAAUCCUAAAACUUACCAAACAAACUCUAAUAGCGUUGAAGAUAAGCAUUUAAGUGACGUCUCUACUAUAAGUAAUAACGAAAACAUCGACGAUUUUGCCAAUAUUACUAAUAUUCUGGGGACAAAAGAAUUAGAACCUUCAAGGCAAAAGAUUACUAUAAAUUAUAAAAUAAACGCAACUGCAAGAGCUAUAACCAAUAGAUCUUUUCCGAGAACAUUAAUCCAAUCUCAGAAACUUCUUACUAAGGUCUCAUCAUUUGCAUUAUGUCUAUCAUUAUCAAUAUUCAACGUUCGAUACUCCGAACCAGGUUCUGUAUCAUCAUUAAUAUCAUUAUUCUUUCUGGGUAUUUCAAUUAACAUUUCGAUAAAAAAUCAAUACCUCAUCAUUACAUCGCUAUUAUUCAUAUCUGUUCACAUCUUCUUCUCCGAUUACUUCAAUUUCAUCACAAGCAUUAUUUCACCUUAA